AUGCUUCUGACUAACAACACUGAAAUUACAGAAUUCAUUUUACUGGGGCUCACAGAUCGCCCAGAACUCCAGCCUCUCCUCUUCGUGCUGUUUCUGUUUGUUUACCUUGUCACUGUCUUAGGCAACAUGGGCAUGAUGGCCCUGAUCAGACUGGAUUCCCGCCUUCACACGCCCAUGUACUUCUUCCUCAGUAACCUGGCAUUUGUGGAUCUGUGUUAUACAUCAACUGCUACCCCACAGAUGCUGAGUAAUUUCUUAUCAGAAAAGAAGAGCAUUUCUUUUAUUGGGUGCUUUAUCCAGUGCUAUCUUUUCAUUGCCCUUCUCCUCACAGAGUUCUACAUGCUGGCAGCCAUGGCCUAUGACCGCUAUGUGGCUAUAUGCAAUCCUCUGCGUUAUAAUGUAAAAAUGUCCAGGCAAGUCUGCAUCUGCUUGGCCACAUGUCCUUAUGUUUAUGGCUUCUCAGAUGGGCUGUUCCAAGCCAUCCUGACCUUCAGCAUGACCUUCUGUAAAUCCAAUGUCAUCAACCACUUCUACUGUGCUGACCCACCACUCAUUAAGCUGUCUUGUUCAGAUACUUACAUAAAAGAGCAUAUGCUUCUGACUAACAACACUGAAAUUACAGAAUUCAUUUUACUGGGGCUCACAGAUCGCCCAGAACUCCAGCCUCUCCUCUUCGUGCUGUUUCUGUUUGUUUACCUUGUCACUGUCUUAGGCAACAUGGGCAUGAUGGCCCUGAUCAGACUGGAUUCCCGCCUUCACACGCCCAUGUACUUCUUCCUCAGUAACCUGGCAUUUGUGGAUCUGUGUUAUACGUCAAACGCUACCCCACAGAUGCUGAGUAAUUUCUUAUCAGAAAAGAAGAGCAUUUCUUUUAUUGGGUGCUUUAUCCAGUGCUAUCUUUUCAUUGCCCUUCUCCUCACAGAGUUCUACAUGCUGGCAGCCAUGGCCUAUGACCGCUAUGUGGCUAUAUGCAAUCCUCUGCGUUAUAGUGUAAAAAUGUCCAGGCAAGUCUGCAUCUGCUUGGCCACAUGUCCUUAUGUUUAUGGCUUCUCAGAUGGGCUGUUCCAAGCCAUCCUGACCUUCAGCAUGACCUUCUGUAAAUCCAAUGUCAUCAACCACUUCUACUGUGCUGACCCACCACUCAUUAAGCUGUCUUGUUCAGAUACUUACAUAAAAGAGCAUGCCAUGUUGAUAUCAGCUGGUCUCAACCUCUCCAACUCACUCACCAUCAUCCUGGUGUCUUAUGCCUUCAUUAUUGCUGCCAUCUUAAGGAUCAAAUCUGCUGAAGGAAGACGCAAGGCUUUCUCCACCUGUGGUUCCCACAUGAUGGCUGUCACAUUGUUUUAUGGAACCCUCUUCUGCAUGUAUGUCAGACCACCCACUGACAAGACUGUUGAGGAGUCCAAAAUGAUAGCUGUCUUCUACACCUUUGUGAGUCCAGUGUUGAAUCCACUGAUCUACAGCCUGAGGAAUAAGGAUGUGAAGCAGGCCCUGAAGACAGUCCUCAGGCGAAACGUUGUCAGGGCAGCACUCAUGCCUCCAGGUUCCAAGAAACUGCAACUGUAG